AUGCACUCGUUUCGGUUCAGUUUUGUGCCGGUACUCGACGGAGGCGUCCCUUGCUUCACUCCCGACGGGGAUCAUCCCAUAGUCGAUGUGUCAAGGUUGAUGAGUCUCAUUACGUUCGCCAGGUCCUCUACAACCGUAAACUUGCCGCCUCAAGCCCCCUUCCCCAACCGCAAGAGGCGUCCGAUGAAGGUGAUGAUCUCAAACGAAGACAACUUUGUACCAAAAAGAAGACUGAUGACGGUUAUUAAGAAGAAAGUAAAGAAAGAGGAUACAAAGGAAGCCGAAGCGAAGGAAAACGUUUUUGAUGAUAUUUGUAAUCUUGAGUAA